GUGUGGGAGUGGUGGGGCCUACUACAGCCCACCUAACAACCCUUUCUCAGCCAUUGAAGCAUGCAUAGUAUAAUAUAUAUAGCUCUCUGUAUUUAAGACAACCAUAUAAUAGAACAUCAAUCACGGUUUUUUGUGCUUAUCUGUCUAGGCUUUACUAGUUGAAAAAUGUCGCAGAUUCGACAGUUAGCAGAUACCAACAUUGGAUCGCAACGAACUAGCAACAUCAGCAUUUCAGAUGAUGUGUGGUCAACUAUGUCAACUAUGCUUUCUGCUUUACAAAAGGGGGACCUGGACACGGUCAAGCAUGUCAUAGAGUCAAUUGUUGAGCCUUUGAUUCGCCGAAUUGUAAAAGAGGAACUUGAAUCCGUGAAGGAAAGGAUUUUAACUAGCAUGAACCAAAAGGAAGCGGAAGGAAACACAGAAGAAAAGCAACAGGAAGGGAUGGGUGCGAGGAACUCUGGGAAUAAGAUACAUUGUUCUGAGCCGAGAAGAAUGCAGCUACGGUUCCUAGACAAACUCCCUUUGCUGUUAGAGACAGGAUGCCACAUUAAAGGAGAAAACUGUAGCUCUGCCAGAAUAGGUUUAUUUGAUGAUAAAGAGCAAGUUGUCACAUCUGGGCCUGAAGCCUCUGCAAAAGUAGAAAUUUUUGUUCUUCGGGUAGAUCCUGAUAAGGAUGAAGAACAUGAAUGGACACAGGAAGAAUUCAACUUAAAGAUUGUUAAAGCUAUUCUAACUGGAAAUGCAUUUCUCAAUCUGAAAGAAGGCAUUGGCUCAUUAGAUGAGAUUUCUUUUGCGCAUAGAGCAAUUUGGAUGAAAAAAAGUGAGUUUAGGCUGGGAGCACGAAUUGUGGAUAAUUUUAAUGGGACUAAAGUAAGAGUAGCAAAGUCCGAGUGCUUCUUCUUAAAGGAUUUCCGCAACAAACGGGAUGAGAAGCACCGCCCCCCAUCUCUAAAUGAUGAGGUAUGGAGGCUAGAUAACAUUGGCAGAAGCGGACCUAUUGUGAAGCGUCUAAGUAAGGAAAACAUCAAAACUGUGCAGGAUUUUCUGGAAAAGUUUGUUAUGGACCGUCAGGGCCUCCGAGAUAUCCUUGGCAAUGGCAUACCUGAUAUGAAAUUGGAAGGCACCUUGCAACAUGCUCUUAGCUGUAAACAACUCGACAAGAGGUUUAUCUACCCCCCUCCCAGUUCUCAACAAAAAACUCGUGUAGUUUUCGAUGCUGUUGGACAAGUAGUGGCAAAAGUCUCUGGAUGCCAUUGCAUUCCUAUUGAUAACUUGUCUGAAACAGAAAAGGCUGAUGCCCAGAAAUUGGUAGUAUCCGCAUUUGAACACCGGGGUCAAAUAGUCCCUUAUGAUGAUAAUUCGCCCCCAAAUUUAACCUGGAUGGAGAGUCCUAGUAGUCCUAAUGUUGGUACACCUCACAUGAUUGCUGGAUAUGAUUGUACACAGCCAAGUACUUCUCAGGGUAUCGUCUCAUUGAAUAAUUCCAUUGGAACUUCUCAAACGAUUGGUAUUGGCGAUAUGGAGUUGACAUAUGGAACCUUGGAAUUUCGAUGUGAGCAUUCGCAAGCCACAUGCCAAGUUCCAAAUGACCAAAUGUUGGAUUUUAUGUCAAUGUGUCAAGAUAUUGGCAAACAUUUUAAUCAAUUUUUGGACGAGUCUCUGGCUGUUGCCAUUGAUAAAGCCCAAAGAAAAUGGUUAAAAUUAUCUGUGGUGCUGAGAUUCUCACUGAGAAAGAGGAUUGAGGUUGAGGAUUUGGAUCACGAACGGAAAAAGCAGAGACUUCAUUAGUGGACUGUGCAGGAAGAAUGCUUCAAUUUACACUCCAUAUAUAAGAUUUCUAGGUGCUGCCCGGUAAGGAUUGUGAGCAGUUGUAGUGUGUGUCGAAUUUUUUUUUUUUUUUUUUGUAGUAGAUUUGUAUAAUAUAUAGAGUUGAUUGUUUAUAAAUGACUAUGAUAAAUCACAGUUAUGUUUUGAUUAAUUUGUCAGUAAAAGGCAGCGCUCUUGUUUGGA